AUGAUAGCGGGAUCUCAGCAGAGAACAGAACAAAGAAAUCCUUUAGUGUUUUUAGAUAUUGCAAUUGAUGGCGAACAAGCUGGACGAAUUGUGAUUGAGUUGAGAGCAGACGUUGUACCUAAAACUGCAGAAAAUUUUAGAGCAUUAUGUACAGGAGAAAAAGGGAUAGGUGUUAAUGGAAAACCAUUAUAUUAUAAGGGAGUGAGGUUUCAUAAAGCUGUAAGUCAAUUUAUGGUGCAAGGUGGAGAUAUUAUACAUGGCGAUGGAACUGGUGGUGAAAGUAUAUAUGGACCAACAUUUGAAGAUGAAAACUUCUUUUUAAAGCACGACGCGGGGGUCCUUAGUAUGGCGAACAUGGGUCGUCCGCAUACGAACGGGUCGCAGUUCUGUAUGACGACGGUGCCCUGUCCGCAGCUGGAUGGACGGAACGUUGCAUUCGGACAUGUGCGGGCGGGACUCGGAAUACUCACGGAGAUACAGGCAUCCGCCGAUGAGAACAGCCGACCUACUAUUGAGUGUGUGAUUGAAGACUGUGGUGAGAUAGAAGACCCGGAUAACUGGGACGUAUGUUGCAAAGAUGGCACCGACGACGUGCUGCCCGAGUACCCAGAAGACUAUCCUUGUGAUCGACUUUCAACAGAAGAUAUAAUAACGAGUAUUAGACGGGUGAAAGACAGCGGGAACAGUUACUUUGGUCGCGCGCGUUACAAAGCGGCCUCUCGGAAAUACCUGAAGUGCGUGCGCUACCUCGCGCGCGCGGCCGACACCUUGCGCCACAUCGAGCACUCGCGUCGGGAACAUGUUUACAAUGUAAUGGCGACGUACACACAACAAUGUUACCUAAACUUAGCCGCUUGCUACUCAAAGCUGGGCGACCACAGAGCUUGCGUGAAAUUUUGCACAGAGGUACUUGAGAUAGACCCAACGAACGAGAAAGCAUUAUACCGUCGGGGCCAAGCAAAUUUCGCACUAAAAAACUACGAAGCGGCGUUAGAGGACCUCAAGCAAGCUAACAACGUAUCUCCUAAAAACAAAGCGGUGCAGAAGCUUCUAGAAGAGGUAAUAGUAACGAAUAAGAGCUACAACGAACUUCAGAAACAGAGACUGUCAAAAUUUUUUCGUGAGCAAACGGAGAAAAGUGUCACGGUCGGACAUCACUGA